CUCGAACUCCGCGAACCGAUUGCAUUCCCCACAACAAACGACAUGUCUGGAUUCCGUGGAACACCUCGAGGCGGCCGUGGCGGCUUUGGCGGAGGCAGCAGGGGUGGAUUUGGUGGUGGUUCCCGUGGAGGACGUGGUGGAUUUGGCGGAGGUGCUUCUUUCGGCCCGCCAGACCAGGUUUUCGAAAUGGGCAAGUUCGUCCACGAAGUCGAGAACGAGAUGUUCUGCGAGUCGAUUAACACCAAGAUCCCCUACUUCAACGCGCCCAUCUACCUCGAGAACAAGACACCAAUUGGCAAGGUCGACGAGAUCUGCGGUCCCCUGAACCAGGUUUACUUCACCAUCAAGCCCCAGGAAGGCAUCCAAGCCAAGUCAUUCAAGGCCGGCGACAAGUUCUACAUUGGCGGCGACAAGCUCCUGCCCCUCGACAGGUUCCUGCCCAAGCCCAAGCCCGCCCCUGGUGCGGCCAAGGUCAAGAAGCCUGCCGGUGCAGGUGGACGUGGUGGAGCUCGUGGUGGCCGUGGUCGCGGUGCACCAAGAGGGCGCGGCGGUCCCCCCGGACGUGGUGGUUUCUCUUCGCGAGGUGGAUCAUUCGGCGGACGUGGUGGUGGCCGUGGCGGCAGCGGUGGUUUCUCGCGCGGUGGUGGACGAGGUGGCUUCACCCCCCGUGGGCGAGGUGGAUACUAAGCGCACUCCGGAUCGGUUUACCUUUACUACGAAGACACCAGGACGGGCGGUUUUUCCUUGUCGCGGUAUGACCCUGGACAUCACGGAUACCAAUCGAUACCACGAACAUUCGACGGCGUUUGGGAGCUCAAUGGGAUUUCUUGUACAUGUGGAACAUGGCGCCAUGUUGGAAAAGGCUCUAGAGCAUUGUGUACGGAUGAUAGUCAUUUCACGUUCAAUCGAAA